AGGGAGUGCUGCCAAAACUCAGACUUUACCCAGCGAUAGAGGGUGGCCGGCCCUUAAAGAAGCAGCUCCUUCGGUGUUUGCCAAACGUGUGAAUUCUCUCUCGGUUCUAACCAUUGCCGAGCACAGAAAUCCAACAUACUCGCUCCCCCAAUUACAAAAAAAGACAUCCAGCCCUCUUGCCUGAACUGUGCUGACUGCACACAGCCUGGUCCCAAGGGUGGGGAGGCCUGACGUCAUAUGUCAGGCACGGAGACAGCUGCCGACCCAGAGCCUGCCGAACCAAACUCCGAUUCCCGAGUCAACACGAACUUCAUGCUGCUGCGAUACCGAGGGGCAUGCGUUCGGCUGCUACUUUAAUUAAUGUGGAAUAGCUCGUAUCCAGGAUAUCAGAACUUCAACCAGUGCAGAUAAAUGAGGUCUAAAUUCGGCACGAAACGGAAACAUCACUAGAAGAGACUGCCUUUCUGCGCAGAUUCAGGUGCGAUGAAUGUGGAGCGGUUAGCUGAAAGCGGAAGACCCCAGGCUCCGUGUGACAUGGCUGCUUCGAGUUUCCCUUUGCUGAGGUCGGGCGAAAGCAGAGAGCGUUUAGAAAACACGGCGAGCGACUCCUCGGACACGGAGGCAGCAGAUAAAGAAAAAUCGAUACAGAACAAAUCAGAAGAUUGCAGUAUGGAUGAUCCAUCCAAGAAGAAAAGGCAGAGACGUCAGAGAACGCAUUUCACCAGUCAGCAACUUCAGGAGCUGGAAGCGACCUUCCAGAGGAACCGGUAUCCAGACAUGUCAAUGAGGGAAGAGAUCGCCGUUUGGACGAACCUUACAGAGGCCAGGGUUAGAGUUUGGUUUAAAAACCGCAGAGCAAAAUGGAGGAAGAGGGAACGCAAUCAACAGGUGGAUCUGUGUAAAAAUGGAUUUAUGCCGCAGUUUAACAGCCUGAUGCAGCCUUACGAUGACAUGUACGCCGGUUACAGCUACAACAACUGGGCGGCCAAGAGCCUGGCCCCAGGUCCGCUGUCCUCCAAAAGCUUCCCAUUUCUCAGCUCCAUGAACCCACUGUCUUCUCAAUCCAUGUUCUCUGCUCCAAGCACCAUCUCCUCCAUGACAAUGCAGUCCACUAUGGUGCAUUCGGCUGUACCAGGAAUGCCAGGUUCGAGCCUCAGUAACAUUAAUAAUCUCAACAGCUCCUCUCUCAAUUCAGCCAUGUCCUCGGCUGCCUGUCCAUAUGCGCCACCGACACCUCCUUAUGUUUACCGGGACACUUGUAACCCUGGUCUUGCUAGUCUCAGACUGAAACCCAAACAGCACAGCAGUUUUGGAUACAGCAGUUUGCAAAAUCCAGGGUCUAGUCUUAAUGCAUGUCAAUAUGCAGUCGACAGACCUGUGUAAUAUGCAAAAAAAAUAACUGGACGUUUGAUACAGACUCACAGAGAGGGAACUAAAACUCAGUAAAACAGGAUUUCAUUGCAAAAUUUUAAUGGCGUGUGCGGGUUGCCACUCUCCUGGAUUUCAACUACCAUUCUGUCCAAUUCUCAAACAAAAAAAUAUUUAAUUGCAAGAACUUGAGUGCGAUUUUUUUAAAAAAAACGAAAGAAUAUUCGGUUGGGUACAGUAGUUCGGUAUCCUUUAAAGUUUUUUAAGCUUAAGUUUACUAUUAAUGCUGAACAAUUGAAAGUGGAUUUGUGUAUAUAUAGAAAUCAAUUCUAUUAUUGUUACACGUUGCAAUACAUUGAUAAAUAUAAAGUUUUAAAAAUGCUUAAACAAAAAAAAAGAUGCAUGUCUAUUGCUGUACUCCAGAUGAAGGAAUGUUAUAAAAUACCACCAUUCCUAACUCUGCAGCAAAGAAACCUACCUCUACUCUGGGAUUAAUUUGCCCCAAAAUGAAAAAAAGCUCGAUUUUUUAAAAAUUAGCAUGCUAUUAAAAAAGUUGACUUUUUACAUUGGAUUGCUUUUGAAUGGAUAGAUUUAAAAAAAAACAACGGAGAGUAUAAAUAUUAUCUAUAUAUGUUUUAAAAGCUGAAUUAUCUUUACUGUGUCUCCACUUUGGGCCAAUGUCAAAAAAACAGCGGCCGAUUUCUCUUCCCGGUGGCAUUUCGGAAGCAGGGUUGUACAGUGUAGAUUGCUGUAAUAAAGUCUGAAAACAUUGAAAAGAAA